GAGUCUACGUUUCUACCCCCAGGCUCUGCUGGGAGGCCUCCAUGCGACUGCAAGGAGACCCAUAAAUUCAUCUAAAGUUAGUGUGGUGACUCAAGAUAAGGAUGUCUCCAGGGGCUUUUCUAAAAAGGCUUUUCUAAAAAGGCUUAUAAAAUGUAUAGUCCAAUCAACCCUGAGGUGCCCGAAAAUCAGAGGGCAAUAAGUCUUGCCUUUGCCAAUCAGUCAGCCCCAGAUAUAAGGAGAAAACUUCAGAAAAUUGAAGGGUUUGAAGGGAAGAAUUUGACUGAGUUAGUGAGAAUAUCAGAAAAGGUGUUUAAAAACAGAGAUACACAAGAAGAUGAAAAAUAGACCAGAAAAAUGGUUAAAGUUUUGGCAUUAUAUGAGGCGGGGAGGAAACAAAGGAAAAGAGGUCAAUGAAAAGGAAAAAGGCAGGUAAAAGACGGUCAAUGGAAAGAAAAGCCUAAGUACAAAGAAAGCUGGUAGGAAGCCUUAGCUUCAGAUCAGUGUGCUUACUGCAAAAAAACGGGACACUGGGCCAAGGAGUGUCCCAAAAAAAGAUGGCAAUGCUGGCCACCAGAGACUGAAGGGGCCAUGGUUCAGAGCCCCUCCCCAAACCUCGGGUAUAAAAAUGGAGGUGGAGGGAAAAUCAAUUGAUUUUUUGAUGUAUAUGGGAGCCCAAUUUUCAUCACUACUAGAGCCUAUGGGAAAACUAUCUGAAGAGAAAGACUGGGUACAAGGGGCAAAUGGCACAAAGAGACAUAAAUAAACAACGAAAAGGACUUUAAAUUUGGCCCAUGGCUGUUCCCGGCUGGCAGUACUCCCUCCCCUGGGAAACAAAGAAAGGGAACUCCAUAGAACACACCUUUGCUUCCUGUCAAAAGGCCAAAACUGGGGAAUACCGACCCAUUCAAGACUUGCAGGAAGUUAACAAAUGGAUUGAAGAUAUCCACCCAACGGUGCCUAACCCCUAUUACCUACUCUCCCUCCUGAGCCCCAAGAGAACCAUAUAUACUGUCUUAGAUGUCAAGAAUACAAGAGAGUCUCAGCCCCUCUUUGCUUUUGAGUGGUCCAACCCACAGAAAGUGUUCCAAGGCCACUCACCUGGACAAGAACAAACGCCCGAGUAACGGAGUAUCAGGCCCUCCUCCUCAACCAACCGAAAGUGACUUUCUGGUCCCCGGCAGUGCUAAAUCCAUCCACCUUGCUGCCAGAGGAGCUGACUGACCACAGUUCUUGCUAAUAGCCGCUGAGGACUAUGAGUCACGCUUGCAGGGGACAAGCCACUUUAUUUAGACUUUGAUCUCCAAGAAGGAGUGUGUUCACUGAGUCCAGGAAACAGGUAACGAACCAACUGAUACCCCACCCCACCCACACAACUGCGGGGAGGUCCUAACCCAGGUCACAGGAAUAAGGCCAGAUCUCAGAGACACUCCCAUCCUGGACUCUGUUCACAGACAGGGUGGAUGAAAGAGGUAUGCGGGUGCUGCAAUGGUUUCUCCUGAGCAGGAACUCUGAAAAGCAGCCCGGCCACACAUCUAGAGGAACAACAGCUGAAGUCCGUACCGGUGAGAGAGGCAGCCUGCCAGGACCCGCGGUGGCUCUGGGGUCCCGCCUCCGGGGACGCCGUGCCAGGCACACUGAGCAUGCAGGUCGCCCUUGUGAUGACAGCUUGGCUGGUUUCCGUAGUCCCCAGUCACGAAUACGGAGCGAAUAGUUUGCCCGACAUCAAAAAUGAAGAUUUCAUCAAAGACUGUGUUCGAAUUCACAACAAGUUCCGAUCAGAGGUGAAACCAACAGCCAGUGCUAUGCUAUACAUGACGUGGGACCCAGCACUAGCCCUAAUUGCAAAAGCGUGGGCAAGAAACUGUAAGUUUGCACACAAUGGACAGCUGCAUUCCAACAGGCUGCACCCCAAUUUCUCUUCAGUGGGAGAAAACAUCUGGACUGGCUCUCUCUCCCUAUUCUCUGCAUCUUCGGCCAUCACAAGUUGGCACAGUGAAGUGCAGGACUAUGACUUCGAGACUCAGAGAUGCACCAAGGUCUGUGGCCAUUACACUCAGGUCGUGUGGGCAAACAGUUACAAAGUUGGAUGUGCAGUACAGCAUUGCCACACAGUCGAAGGCUUUAGACAUUUAACCAACUUAGCACAUUUCAUAUGCAACUACGGACCCGGACAAAGCUACCAAAGGCCAUAUAGAAAAGGAUCUACUUGCAGCGCCUGCCCCAGAGAUGACAAAUGUUUGGAUAACCUUUGCACUAACCUAAAGCGAGACAAAGUCACAGAUUACUACUCGAUUGUGCAUCCUGAUUGGCCAAUAUCUUCACGCAACAGAUACCUAUCUCUCUUUCUCAUUGUUAGUCCACCAAUCCUAAUACUGAGUGCUAUAAUAAUCCUUUGGGUCAAGCACAAAUACCCUCAGUUCUUCUGAACUAAUAAAAUCCACAAAAAACACAA